AUGGCUACGGUCGCCACCAGUACGUCUGGGCCAAAUAUCCAGCGCGGUACUAAUGGUAUUCCUCCCGUCCAGGCCAAGUCUGCUGCUGCCGCUCUUAAAUUCACGUCCCCUCUUAAAUUCCAAAUCCUUAAGAACGGCACAUCGACCCCCUCACAACUGGCCAAUACUCUGUCAACUUCUCCAUCUGCAGCAGCUGCUGCUGCUUCGACGCAUCCAUUGACCGUGACUACAGCUGCCAACUGGCCGCAUACGGCGCCGACCAUCGCCUCACUUUCUGCACCUACUCAGGUUUCCCCAAUUCUGACCGGCAGCGGCCGACAGUUGCACAUUGGUCUCGAGCUAGUCCUCUCAAAUGGCGUACGAAUCCCCAUUUCAGCUACUUGUGACAUUGGGGCGAUCAAGUAG